CUGACAAGAUAAUUCACUACUCACUAUUGACUCACUAUGAAUGAAUAAAGCCUUCACAGACCACAGUAGUAACAGCACCGUGAAAGAGAAACAAAAUAAAUGCGGAGUAAAAUCAAAAUCGUCCGCAUCCAGCAGUCGGCAAAGAGAAGAGAACAUAGCUGAGGUAAUUGAACAGAAAUAAUAGCACAUAGGAAAUUAUUGAUGGGCAGCUUCAUUUCAGAUUUCUGCUAUAUAAAGGGCCAUUUGGGAUGGAGCUGCGAAAAUAUAAAGUUCAGAGAGGAAUCAUCCUCUUCCUUCUUUCUUCAACUUUUGUUUCAACUUUGUUUAUAGUAGGAGCCACAUAAUAAAAGAAUACUUUCUGUUAAAAUCAGUCUGUACGUAGUUUCUACUCUGAAAUUUCAGCUUGUGAUAUUUGGGAUUACUAGUUCAAAGUCGUUCCAGCUUAAUUAAUCAAAGGAUUUCAGUCGCUCAUCCAUGUUCUUCAUUAUUGAUGCCUUCAGCCGCGAUUUACAUCUUAUCAAUGUUUGCGGGAAACAACUACUGAUGUUGCUGGCCGUGCACGGCGGUUAUCUCCCCUCCGAAUUCCCAUUAUCGCGGCGAAUCAUCUCUGGAAUCCGAAACAAGCCGCCGCCAUUAUCAAUAACAACAAAAGUAAACGACGUUGACAUCCGCUGCGUCCGCGACCUUUACUCUGCUUGCAAUCACUCUUGCUACCGCCGCUUCCCCAACCUCGACCCCGAUGGCCGAGUCGAUCCAGUCGACCUCAACAAACUCCGUAAAGCUCUCCUCCAUAGUUCCGUCUUCGUCGCGGUAUUUUCCCAGCCCGAAAUAUUCUCCCAUUUGUCUGGUAUUGGAGGAGAUUUGGUUCGGAUACUGUCGCCCGUGACGCCGUCCAACGGCAAACUGGUUGGGUUGGGCCGUGCAGUCUCCGAUUCUGCGCUCACUGCUUCCAUCUACGAUGUUAUGGUCAUUCCAUCAUUAAGACGGAGGGGCAUUGGCAAGAGGAUAGUUCAGAUGAUAAUUAGGAUGCUUACACGUAAAGGCAUAUAUGAUAUAGCAGCUCUCUGCUCCAAUGCAGAGAUGCCAUUCUUUAGAGCAUGUGGAUUCGAAGAUGACAUAUUAGGAUCAACUACAAUGAUGUACACAGUGUCUACUAAUUGUUGUUUACAUGGAGAUCGAUCAGAUCGAUCAGCUGGCUAAAAAAACACAGGCAGAAAGCCGUUGUUAAUUCCUCCAUUGAUAUCUCAGAAGUCAGAACUCAUAUAAACUACUUCCUCUGGCUUAAUUUUUUUUCCUUUUCAAUGCAUUGGUAUUGAAUUUAUAUUCAUUUUCCAUUGCAAAUUUGCAAUGUUUCUCAAAUGCAAAAAGGACAUCUCAGUGUACCUAAUUUACCCCUCUUGGUGUGCACAACCCACUUUCAGAAAUCUGCCUAUGUGAAUCUUCAAGACAUGCCUCCAUCAGCAAACCAAGGCGUGCUGCCAGAGAAUUGAAUAAUGUGGCCAGAGACGUGAUGAUUGGGAACAUUAAAAAUAGCUCAUAGGUGCAUGGUAAAACAAAAUGGGAAAAAAUCACAUGAACAAGUCCAACUAUUAACGCUCAUCUCAUAUUUAUUUGAUAUAUGCAUAAUGCUAAAAUAUUCUGAAAUUCAUGUCUAUUCUUCC